CCCCAACUUUUCUCUCCGAUUCCUUUUCGAAUAAUUCGGUUCUCUACCAUGCCGUCGGUGCCACCUUCCUUCGCCCCUGCCGCCCCCGUCCCCGCCGUCGGAGGAGAAGCGGAGUACGAGCCCUUGUUGGCACCGAAGUCCAAACGCUUCCGUUCCUUUCCCAUCGCCUACCCGUCCAUUUGGGAGUUAUACAAAAAGGCCCAGGCCUCUUCUUGGACUGCGGAGGAAGUUGAUCUCUCGCAGGACCUCGGGGACUGGCACCAUCGCCUCUCCUCCGAUGAGCGCCACUUCAUCUCCCGUGUUCUGGCCUUCUUCGCUGCCUCCGACAGCAUCGUGAUAGAGAACCUUGCCGCUCGGUUCUCUCAAGAGGUGAAACUCUUCGAGGCCCGCACCUUCUAUGACUUCCAGAAGGCGAUUGAGGGCAUUCACACUGAGAUGUACGCGCUUCUUCUUGAUACCUACAUCAAGGACAACAAUGAGAAGGAGCAUCUCUUCGAUGCUAUCGAGACUAUUCCUUCCGUCGCUCGCAAGGCUAAUUGGGCUCUGCGAUGGAUUGAAUCAUCCGAAUCCUUUGCCGAGCGACUCGUUGCCUUUGCUUGCGUCGAGGGCAUUUUCUUUUCUGGUUCCUUCUGUGCUAUCUUCUGGCUAAAGAAGCGUGGAUUGAUGCCGGGCCUUACCUUUUCAAAUGAACUCAUAUCUCGUGAUGAAGGUCUUCAUUGUGAAUUUGCUUGUCUCCUCUAUAGCCUCCUCCGUAGUAAGCUCUCAGAGGAAAGGGUGCGGUCUAUCGUUGCCGACGCUGUUGAUAUUGAGCGGGAAUUUGUCUGUGAUUCCCUUCCUGUUGCCCUUAUUGGGAUGAAUAGUGAACUCAUGAGCCAGUACAUUAAGUUCGUUGCAGAUCAUCUUCUAAGGGCUUUAGGGUAUGAAAAUAUGUACAUGGUAAGCAAUCCUUUUGACUGGAUGGAGCUCAUCUCGCUGCAAGGGAAGACCAACUUUUUUGAAAAGAGAGUGGGGGAGUACCAGAUGGCUUCUGUGAUGUCGAGUUUGAAUAGCCACGAAGCUAACCAUGAGUUCAAGCUGGAUGAGGAUUUUUAAAAAGCUUCAUGUUGUAUUUUCCUACCUUUUGCUGUUAUGUAUAUGCUUUUUUUUUGCUCAUAAACUUAGGCCUUUGGACAUGUCUAUGAUCUAUGUUAUGCUCUGUAAAAAGUUGGGUGUUUGUUAUCUGAUUAGUCAAAAUAAAGUGUGCUUAUAAUUCUACCGUGUUGUAAAUGCUUGAGGAAAUGAUUUGGUUCUGGUUGUUAAGUU